AUGGCUCUGCCUUGUGAAAGCGAGAGGAGGUGGUCGAGGGCAAUAAAGAUGAUCUUCUGCUUGUUCUUUCUCAUACCAAUGUCAUCAGCUGGAAAUAGAAACACUAACACCAUCUUUGGUAAGAAACAAAAACUGGAAGUUCAGCAACAAUUGAAGCGCCUUAACAAGCCUGCUCUUAAAUCCAUCAAGAGCCCGGAUGGAGAUAUAAUCGAUUGCAUUGAUAUCUACAAGCAGCCAGCUUUUGAUCAUCCUUUAUUAAAAAAUCACACAAUUCAGAUGAGACCAAGUUCUUACCCAAAAGGGUUCUCUGCAAACUCCAAGCCUAAAUUUAGUCAACCAUGGCACUUGAAUGGAAGGUGCCCAAAAGGAACUAUUCCCAUAAGAAGAACUAAAGAAGAAGAUUUAUUAAGGGCAGGCUCUGCAGCAAAUUAUGGAAGGAAAAAUCACAUUCAGAAUACUAUUGAUGAAAAUGUCCAUCAGCAUGCAACGCUUACUGAGGAUGGAGAUAGGUAUUAUGGAAUGAUGGCUGAGAUGAACGUGUGGAACCCCCAUACCCAGGAAAGAGAUGAGUUCAGCGUAUCUCAAUUUUGGAUGAUAGCUGGUAGGAACGGUGUAGAUCUUAAUUCCAUUGAAGCCGGCACGAUGGUCAGCCAAAGUCUAUAUGGAGAUAAAAACACUAGACUCUUCACGUUUUGGACUGCCGAUGCAUAUACUAACACAGGUUGCUUCAAUCUAGGGUGCCCUGGAUUUGUUCAAGUCAGCCACCAGAUUGCGAUGGGUGCAACCCUCAGUCCUCUUUCCGUCUAUAAUGGUCCCCAAUAUACAGUCAACUUCUAUGUCCGGAGGGACAUUCAUGGAGACGGAAAUUGGUGGUUAACAAUUGCGGAUAGAUUUGACUUGGGAUAUUGGCCAUCCUCCUUAUUCCCGCUCCUGUCUGAUACUGCUGAAGCGGUUAAAUGGGGAGGAGAGGUGAUAAACUUAAAUAAAGAUGGGCAACACACCACAACACAAAUGGGCAGUGGCCAUUUCGCAGAAGAAGGGCCCAACAAGGCUUGCUUCUUCAAAAAUCUCAAUGUUAUUGAUGGUAAAAAACUUCUCAGGGCUCCCUCGCACACUCACACAUUCAUUCCCAAACCCAAUUGCUAUAAUCUCUUAGAUUAUGGAGACUACUUUUACUUUGGUGGUCCUGGUAGAAACCCCAAUUGUCCAUGA